AUGUCACUACCAGCGAUGAUUUUGGGCGAAACGGUGGGGGAGAUACUCCAAGCAAGUCAGUUUGCUAGAGAAAUCGUGACGGCUGUUGAAACGAAAGCCAAAAAGAUCACCACCGGCGCCGGCGGCGAUCCGAAAACUCCGGUGACUCAUUCCAGACGGACUUCGAGGUUAAACCCAGAAACCACCGAGCUCCGGUCACGGAGAAAGAGAGAGAAACGGAUAAUCCGAUCAGAUCUACAUUCUCCUUUACUUGAAAGAGCAAAAUCACGGAUUAAUUUCAAAGUCUCCGGUUCACCACCCAAAAAAGAAAUUGAGACUGAAAAGGGUCGGUUUCCGGCGAAUAGGGUGUCUCCGAAGAACAAACCUUGGGCUAGAAAAACCGUGAUCUUCCCGAACCCCCUUUUCCAUUCAACACCUGCUUCACAAAACCAACAAUUUUGCAGAACAAGGUCGCCGGUGAUUACAAGAACCCGUCAGACCACCCCUCACAAGUUUCUAAUCAAGACGCCGCCGCCUCCUGCCGCCGUGGCUAAGUUCAAGUAA